AUGGCUUCCACCAUGGACUUCCUCAGCGCUUGCGAGAACCGCAGAACCAUCUACCAAUUGACCGACAAGAUCCCCAUCUCGGAUGCCCGUGUUGAGGAGAUUGCCAGACACAACAUUCUUCACGUCCCUAGCAGUUUCAACUCGCAGUCCACUCGCAUUGUUGUCUUGCUCAACGACGAGCACAAGCAGUUCUGGGAGUUCGUCAAGGAGGUCUUGAAGCCCCAGGUCCCCGAGGACCAGUUCCCCCAGACCGAGAAGAAGCUCGAUGGCUUCAAGGCUGGUCACGGCACUAAGCUCCAGUCUCAGUUCGCUCUCUACGCUCAGCACUUCCCCGGCUGGGCCACCCAGUCCAACGCCAUGUCCCAGUACCACCUCUGGACCGCCCUUGAGGCCGAAGGCUGUGCUUGCAACCUCCAGCACUACAACCCCAUCAAGGCACAAGGUCACUGGAACAUCCCUCAAGAGUGGGAGCUUCAGGCCCAGCUUGUGUUCGGUGGUUACGCAGAGGGUGCCCGUGAGGCCGUGGACAAGGGCGGCAAGCAGCAGCAGCCCAUCGAGGAGAGACUCUGGAUCCACGGCGCCCAGAAGUAG